CACAAAUAUAACACAACUUUUUCUUGAAAAAUAGAAUAUCAUUAGUUUUUGGUCUUACUAACAGGUUGAGACCAUUUAGAAAGACGAGAUAGAAGCAGGCUCAUUGGGUGACCAAUAACUAAUUUCUUCCUGCUACGAUAUUGACAAUUUGCAUACUCCAAUAACUGACAGGUCAACUCUACGAGGGAAAACACCAUUACUUGACGUUUUAAUCGAGAAUCACGUCACGGGAGAUCAAUUGUUAUCAUUCAUAAAAGAGAUCAUAUUAGCAAACGGAUAAACUGAUUUUGUCUUCAUUAUUACCAGGCUUUCCGCAGCCUUGACCACAGGAAACUUCCCACCUCCCCUCCCCCCCCCUCCUUUCAUUCAUUACUACAGUUAUAUCAACAGUCAAAAAAUGAAUACUUGGCAAGCCAGUAAUUGGCAUGAUUCCAGUGAACCUAGUAAUGAUAUUCAACAAAACUCAAACCUGGGUUCAGAUGUAACCACAUCAAGAGAGGCACCAGGUGAAACUAAUUCAUAUUCUACAAGUAACUCACAUCCUAAUUCUACAGCUGAUCCUCCAUAUCGUGCAUACCCUACAUUCCAACAGCCACCAGGACCGGUUCCGGGAUUGGCUCCGCCAAGAGGAGUAUACAUACCGAACACCAACUAUGUCGUUCAGCCCAACGAUGCCGAUAUUACCAAACUUCAAGCAACAACAUCAGUUUACCAGCAGUUCCAACCUCCUCCGCAGCCAUUGACUUAUUUGCCAGGAGAAUAUGGGGCCCCGGGCCAAUCAGGAAACCCUCAAUACCAGCAGCAGCAACACCCUGCUAUGAUCCCAGUGCCAGUUGGACAAUAUCCUAUGCCACCCGAGUUUAGUUCAUAUCAGGGUAUGAACUCUUCAACUUCUGAUCAACAUCAACAACAAGGGUGGGAUCCAUAUAAUUCCCUUCCUCGUAUUCGACCACCAUUAGAUGGCGAUAAAGGUAGCCCGCUGUUCAAAUCGGAUAAAAAGAUUAAAAAGAAGCCAAAAACGGCGAAAAAAUCGGUCAGUGGAAGUCCCAGCAGUGAUAGUGCUGCUAAUCCCACUAACAAGCCAUUAACCAAACGCUCUCGUAUGGGAUGUUUAACUUGCCGUCAUAGGAAAAAGAGAUGUUGUGAGACACGGCCAAGAUGUACUGAAUGCACCCGUCUUCGACUAAAAUGUACUUGGCCAAAACCUGGGACUGAAUAUAAGAACAAGCCUAAGGAUGCUAAGAAUGAGGAAAAUGUCAUUGACCAUGAGAUAUAUGGUAAGAUUAAAGUGUUGCGAGGAAUAGUGGAAUAUAAAAGCAAGUAAAAAAUCUUGGUUGCUUUCCAAAACAAAACAAAAGACUCAUUAGACACUAAAAGUUCGAAUCAGUAUUUCGAUUUCAUUUCUUUUGCAUUGGAGAUUGUUAGCAUUCAUUUCAAUUCUUCAUAUGGUUGCACUUACUUUAAACGGUAAGAAGGAAAGUUAAGUUGCCUUAAUUGUUUGACAUUCGCGAAAGUUUUAGGUGACUAAAAAGUUGUUAUUAUUUAUAGUUUAUGUAGUAUUAUUAUUGUAUCGUUGUCAUGUUAAACACUGAUGUUAGGUGGCAUGAUAUGAGCCUUUUCAUCUUUAAUAGAAUAUGGGCUAGUUUCAUUUUCAAAAUCAAAAAAA